GUGCAAACCCAAAACAAAAACCCGGCAAAAAAAUUAAGGCUCCGUUGAACAGUGGGAAUAUAAUAUCGUGUAAAGAUUGAAACGUAAUCAUAUACUAGAUUCUGUACUAAAUUCAGUUUGUGGACAAUAAAAUGAACUCGUGGUUUUCAACUGUGCUGCCUCUCUUCAGACGUAGCUUAGUCAUACAAAGUGCAGUGAGAAAUUAUGCAACAGCAAAACCCGGCGGUGCGCUCGGUGGCUCGAAGAAGAAAAAGCUCGGAAAGCUUGGACCGGUGGUGGAGAAAAAAGUAAUUCCGGUCGAAACGGACGUAAACCGGCUGGUGAAUUAUGUGUGCGGAAGCAAUAUUCUCAAGCAGGGUGAGGACGUUAAACUAAAACCCAAUUCGGAGUAUCCGGAAUGGUUAUGGUCAAUACACGUUGGCGCUCCCCUUACGCUGGAGCAGUUAGACCCAGACACCAAGGCAUAUUGGCGCAAACUCCGGCGAUUGGCACUGCAGCGCAAUAACAAAUUAGCAAAGCUGAAAAAGUUUUAGUCAGUAUACAAUGUUUUCUUAGAAAAGAGUAAAGAUACAAAAAAUAUGUUCAACACAAUGAUAGUUAUCAGUGCAUUUCACUUUGACUGUAUUCAAAUUCGCGAAACUGCAUCAGAAUCACCAAAUAGGUUACAAUGGCUGCCAACGUCUGUGGAUGAAACGACGGACCAAUGAACAAUUCACACAGUUCAUCGGAAAAAUAUGAACAAAUACUUACACUGAAAUAAAAGUUCAUAUCCAGGUUGAAAAGACCCAACGGAGCGAUCGA